CUCAUUCUCAUAGCUAUAGGCUUAUAGCAAGCAAGAGAAUUCGAUCUCCUUCCUCGCCUUCCCUUCAAUGGCUUCGUCUGUGGAUGCCCCAGUGAGAGCCGGAUACUGGUAUUGCCACAGUGAAUUCCCAAUCCCGAUGGCCAGCAUACCUUCCCAGCUUUUCACCCAUAUUUUCGCUGCCUCUGCGGAUGUCAACCCCCACACCUAUGAAGUCACCUUUCCUGAAAAAUAUAAGGAUCAGUUCUCAACCUUCACCCAAACCGUGCAAAGAAAAAACGAAAAUGUGAAAACCCUUUUAUCCAUCGGUGGAGACUACACUAGUGAUCCUGCGACGACCUUAGCUUCAAUGGUUAGCCAUCGCAAUACCCGUAAAUCAUUCAUAGAUUCCUCAAUAAGUGUAGCCAGGUCUAACAUCUUCCAUGGCCUUUCCCUCAACUGGAUUUACCCCUCCACGGCGAGCGACAUGAUCAACCUUGGCUGUCUCCUCAAUGAAUGGCGUGCAGUCGUGAAGAAAGAGUCGGAGUGGAGCGGCAUGGACCAGUUGCUUCUAGUCGUAGCGGUUAAUUUCGAGCCAACAUAUAGGUCGUUGAGCUAUCCCGUUGAUGCUAUUUCAAGGAACUUGGACUGGAUCAACGUUUGGGCGUUUGACUUCGGAGUCUAUACCCCCGAUCUGUCGUGGACUGUUACUGGGCCUUUUGCUACAUUGAAAAAUCGAGACUACCCACAAUAUUCUGGGGAUUACGGCGUCAAAACUUGGCUUGCUGCAAAUGUGCCCGCCAAAAAAAUAGUCCUCGGCCUUCCAUUUUAUGGCUACGGGUGGCGUCUAGAAGAUCCUAACAACCCAUCGCCAUUUCCGCCUGCUGAUGGACCGGCUGAUGGAGUGCUUUUUGCCGCAGAUGGGGCUAUAUUAUAUAAGCAAAUCGUGUUUUUCGAAAAUACGAAUCCUCCCGAAUUCCUUCCCAAUUAUGUUGUAGACAUUUACCGUUAUGGAAAUACUUGGAUUGCUUAUAAUGAUACGCCGAGUAUCACUGCUAAGGUUAGAUAUGCUUAUGAAAAGAAGGAGCUGCUUGGUUACUUUGCAUGGCACUUGGGCGGCGACAGACCUUGA